CGAAGGAAUUCAGUUAGGCGAAAUGCUUGGGGGAAUGCAUCUUAUGCUGAGUUAAUCACUCAAGCAAUUGAAAGUGUACCUGAUAAAAGAUUAACCCUGAUGCAAAUAUAUGACUGGAUGAUUCAGAAUAUUCCUUAUUUUCAUGAAAGAGCAGAUGGGACCAAUUCAAUGGGAUGGAAGAAUUCAGUAAGGCACAAUUUGUCUCUACAUGAUCAAUUUUCUCGCAUUCAAAAUGAAGGAACUGGAAAAAGCAGCUGGUGGGUGGUGAACAAGUCCAUGUUAAAGUCAAGAUUACCAAGAACAAGGCGAGCCACAAUGGGCGACACUGCUCUACUUGAUAAAAAAAGAUUAAAGGCU